CAAUCAUAGUACACUUAAAUUAAAUUUUAUCAAUACUGACAAUUAAAUAAUAUUAUAGUGUUCUUUAUUCAUCUUAUUUAUCAUUCACUUAGUUUAAGACUGCUAUCAAAUCCUGGGACAUAUUUACCUGUGUUGAUCAGUUAUACCUAAUCUUAUCUGAUGAAUAUCGAUUAAAUUGUGAAUUAAAUCUAUCAUUUGUAAAAUAGAUUAACACAUUUUACUAUCUUAUCAAGUUAAGUUCAUAGUGUGCUUUAACAUAAACAUUUAGCCUUUAUCAAAUAUUAUUGAAGGUGUAACAGACAGACAUGUAGGACGUUUCAAAAUCAAACCAGAAACUGGGAUAUCAAGUUUUUCUACAAGCGAAGUGACUGCGAAGUGACUGCUGCAAACCAGCUAACUAAGAGAAUGUCACAGACUCCGAAUAAUUCUCAAAUUAUAUCAAUGAAACUGUCUGAAGUGCUCGGUGAUAUUGGCGUUAGUGAGAAAAUAGUGCUGAAAAGGAGAAGGACAUUUCUCUUGAUGGAAGUUGUUGACACCACUGCUCGGAGAUUAAUGGGCAAGGACGUCAAUAGCUAUAAUUUUGGUAGUCAGUCAGAGGGUUCUACAACAAUGGAGCUUGACUCAGACAUUGAUACACUCUUUGGUUAUCACAGUUAUCGGUAUCUGAACGUGAUACAGAACCAAACUGAGCGAAGACCUGGAGCGUGGAAUGUACUGAUGGUCCAAGAUGAGACCACAUCACCUGGUUAUUGUCUUUUACAACUUUUGCAGCCUGAUUAUCUUCUGCUUCUCCAUAAACUCAGCCUAGAUGCCAAAAAAUUUGUUGCAGAUGAUAAAGGUAGACUGUUGAUGAAAAACACUUAUUUUGAUGACUUAGUCGUAAAAUAUGAUGGCAAAAAUGGUCCUGCACAUGUUUUUAGAGGGAAUGCACACACAAAUGAUGAAGAUAAUGUCAUAGCAUGGUAUUGUAAAUCAUGGCCUACAGAAGCCAAACCUUGGUUACUAAAACAAGGUAUUGGAGGAUGGCCUGACGAGAACAUAAAGAGAUACUGUAAAAAUACAGGAUGUUUUAUUGUACCAGUAGGCAGUAAAAGUGGUAAGAAUGAGGAACUCGAAUGGAGAAUAUCGACUUCCCAUGCCGAGAGACGUCUGAUGUUCAGUUUAAACAUUACACAAAUUAGAUGUUACGUCCUCAUGAAGAUGAUUCUCAAAACAUUCAUAAAUCCUCAGUGUAAUGAUGUCAUCACAAGCUUCAUGUGCAAAACUGUUUUAUUUCAUUGUAUUCACAAUACAAAAUCCACUGAAUGGCAGGAAGACAAUUUACUUCAAUGUUUAAAAAGCUGCCUCUCAUUACUGCAAAAUAAUGUUGAGAAUGAAAACUGUCCACAUUUCAUAGUUCCUCAGAACAACCUCUUGAAAGGAAAAAUUCCUGCAUCAGUUAAACCGAAACUCAUCGAAAUCCUGCAGUCUCUCAUAGAUAGAAGCACUGAUGGAGAUUUACUGCAAAGCAUUUCUAUUGAUCACCUUGGCUUGAGAUAUAUAGCGAAGAUGGGGGUGUUUCCAGGCAUAAUAUUACAUAAAACCAUUCAAAGUCAUGAGUCUCCAGACAAGAUUCCCGUAAAGCUACUAAGACAUAUUGCUGCACAACUAAGCAUUUCUCACAGAAGUCUUUUGAAGUGUAUACUGGAAGGUGGAAAUGAAAUAAAACAAAAUAGAUCAGCUAUCCUUACUCUGGUUAAAAGGUAUGAGCAAUCUGCACACAUACUUCUCAUACCAUUCCUCCAUUCAUCGUUCGCUUCUGUUAUUGCAUCUCACGACCUAGACAUUAACAAAACUAUAUCCUCAGAGGCAAUGGCCUUGUUUUCAGCUGGCUUAAACUCAGAUAUAUCAUCCGGCAAACUGAAGCUCGCAUCGGCUCUAUACUGUUCUGGAGAUAUGGGCAAAACAGUAUGUAUUCUCCUGAAAACUGAAUGCGAGUACGAUAAGAAAUAUGUGGAACCUAUAUGUAAAUGUUGCAAACACCCACAGCCAUAUAUAAGACCUGGAUUCUUUGAUAAAUCCAAUACAGGAAAUGAGGACUUAAUCAAAUAUAUCACGUCCUUUUGUGUAAGAUUCUUACCUUGCGAAAUGAAGUGUGUUCCACAUGAACUGCAUUAUGAAAUGUAUAGAUCUACACAAGUAGACAUGUCUCACAGACAUAAACACAAUGACUACUGGAUGGACUGGGCUGUGGUGGAUUCACUCCCUUACCUCUACUUCCUCCAGUACAAAACUUUUGGCCAUCUUCAGAAAGCAACAGCACAGCAAAGGGCUCUUACAGAACUCAUUCAGACAGUUGAAACAGAACAAAACCUGGGUCACAGGGAAACAGCUUUAAACUUGAUAGGACAAUGCAUGGAACAAGAGAACCGUCAUACUGAUGCUCUAAAUUUCUAUGUAAGAUCUCUAAAUAUGUGUGAACGAAACAAUGUGGCAAAGAUACAUAUUUGCAGAUUACUUAAUAUUUUAAUCAACAGAAAAGUUCCAGAGAAGAGGAAGAAGUAACAUGAAAUUUAUAAAGAAGGUGGAAAAACAGGCAUUUAUUUAGAAGCUGAAGAAAUAACAGGCAGUCUGAACAGAAACCAAAGAAAUAACUGGCAAUUUGAACACAUACUAAAGAAAUAACAGACAAAGUUGAAGACAAACAGAAGAAAUAUCAACAGAUUGUUUAGCAAUUGAAGAAAUAACAGACCAUCAGACUAGAUAUCAAAGAAACUAUUGGCAACACAAACUACACAAACUGUAGAAAUAACAGACAAGUUGUGAAAAACAGAAGAAAUAUCAAUACAUUUGUAUAUAAACAAGCAAAUUCGAUGAAUUGGUAUCCCCCGCCGAAAGGGUUUGUGGUGAGGAACAGCAAAACAGUAUAUCCGGCAAAAAGUUAAGGAUGUUACUAAGAGGCAAAUAAUUUCAUAAGUCAAAAUCAAUUUAACAGAAAAUGAAUGCUAUUUUUUGGUGGGAGCGGCGGGGGUGACUGGGUGAGGGUACAAAACAUCAUAUGUUGAUUAUAAAUAUUGAUGGAAAA